AACAGACCCCCAUGUUCAUGCAACAUCACUUUAUGUGACACCUUAGGCCCCAGGAGAAAGUGCAGGAGGAGCUUGCCCCAGGCUCCCUUCCUCCCUCCUUCCUCUGCAUGGCUUCCCCUAGUCUCUGUGAGGCCAGACCUAUUUGCAUAAAGGUCUUAGCUCCCAGAACGCCCGACGGCCACCUCUGCCCUGUUCUACCGGGGGCAGAGGAGUCUGGGAGAGGCACUUACACAGGCCCAUGGGUGACCUGAAAGAGGGAAGACAAUCAGGAUGGGGACUCAGACAGAAUGGGGGACCACGGAGGCAGUGGAGGCGGCGGUGGUGGCGGCGGCGGACGAGGAAGCCAUGUGAAGGAGGCGGACGGACAGGUUGGUGAAUGCACGGGGGCAGCGCCCCACAAGCACAGUCCACAGGGGCUCUGGGGAGCCCGGGCGGAAGAGAGACGGCCGGACAGCACAGAUGGGUGGAACAUCUGUCUGAGGACACAAAUAAAGUGGAGAUGGUCAAGGCGAUGGCACACGGAGCUGGCGAAGGACAGACCAAGAACGGCAGGAGGAAAACAAGGCGCGGAGGCAGACCAGGCUGGCGGAGGGGGGAGCAGAGGGUCAAUGCCACCGUCAGGGGCUGGAGGGUUGACUGGCCCCCUUGGCAGGUUCCGGGAGUGGUGAACUCUGGUGGGUUCCACAUGGGCAGUGAUCUCGUGAUCCCUUAGGGAAGGGAGGAGAGGCUUCUUGGGCUCUAUAGGGAGCCAGGACCCUUGUGGUCUCCCAGGGUCUCUCCAAGGUCCUGUAAGUAGCUACUCAGGCAAGGAGCGAAAGGGGCAUUGAGGCAAAGAAAAGAGGGCAGAGCCUGGUGCAGAAACCCAGAGUAGGCAUCCAGUGGAGGGAUGAGACAGACCCCAUACUUCACGUGCGUGUGUGGCCACAGCCUGUUCAAACGGGCUGAGUCACUGCUUCCCUGGGGAAGCUCGCCCAGAACCUCUGCGGCAGCCCGAGGCAGACCUCGGGGCACUGGCCCUGGAGGACAGCCUGGGCUGCACGUAUCUGUGGGCCAGCCACUAGCACCUCAGUUUCUUUGUCUGGAAAACCAGGAUGGGCAUUAUGGUGGUGGUUCUCAAGGGGGAUGAAUUUGACCCCCAGGGGACAUUUGGAAAUGUUUGGAGACGUUUUUGACUGUCACAACUGAGAGAGUGCCACUGGCAUCUCGGAAGUAUAGGCCAGGGAUGCUGCUAAGGUCCUGCACUGUGCAAGAUAGCCCCGUGCAACACGGAUCACCCUGGUCAGACUGACGAAAGCGCUGACGUUGGGAGCCCUGCCUCAGAGGCAGUGCCCACCCGGAUAAUGCAGGCUGGCUGGGGAAGCACUUUGCAAGCUGUAAGGUGCCACUGUGGGGAGACUAUUUCUUUGAUUCCAGGAUGCCAUUGUCUAUAAAACGCACUCUUGUUUUGAAGACUAAUUCUCAAGAGAAUAAGAAAACAUGAUCACAGUAAAUAAACACAUUGACCUUAAGAUAUCCUGAUGUCAGAAUGAUUAAAAUGUUAAAAAAAAAAAAAGUGUAUGUUAGAAACAAGGAAUCUGGCACCACCAUCAUCACCAUCCCAGCUACUAUGCUUCCGGGGAUUCCAACGUUCUUCCCGUGCUUCUCCCGGGCCAUGCCACCACACCCUGGAAUUUCUUUGGCAGACAAUGGAGGACAAAGCUGACCCUCCCCUGGGGUCCAGGCAGUCUAGGGGUCUUGAGGGUAGACAGAGGGACAGACAGACAGACAGACCUCCUGCUCUGGCUGGGUGUGGCAUGUGAACGCCUCCCCAGUACGGGUCUACAGUUUAAAAAAUAACAGUGACAAAAUGACAC